GCCUCGCUCGGGCGUCAGCCCCACACGAGUCAAGAAUCUAUUUUUCCGGCCAUAUUAGAAUUCAGUCAAUAAGGAAUUUGACCCUAAGUUGAUAGACCAGAUCGAAAAAGGAAAAAAUACUGAUGCUAAAUUGCUGCUACAAUGUACAAGUAAUGAGCCACGAGAUCUAAUUGACAAUACUGGAUCAACUUUACUUCACUAUGCAGUGAAGUUCAAUAAUAUUGAAAUGGUACGUCAUCUAGUACGUUUAGGCUGCAAAUAUGAUGCUUACAACAAUGAAAGAGACACUCCAUUGAUGCUCGCUAUUAUGCAUAAUCAAACGGAUUUGGUGGAAAUUCUUUUGAAGCCCAUCAACAUGAAUUUCAAUGAUAGACAUUUUAAGAAGUUAUUUGAGAUAAUGUUCAAUUGUGGCAAGGUCCGGUCAAACAUUGUUAAGCUGGCUUUCCAAAAACUGAAAAAGGCUGAUGACGAAGCAAUAGCGAAGCUGUUGCUAGAAACAAAAUGUCCUUUAUAUUUUGCUCUAUUUCUGAAUAGAGUUGAGGUCAUUAAGACGAUGAUAGAUAAUGGCUGUUCUGUCAACUCUAAGGAUCCAUUAAACGGCAAUUCACCUCUGCAUGUAGCAGUCGCUUGUGGAAGUUUGAAUCUGGUGCAGCUAUUACUUAAACACAAUGCUGAUGUUAAUGCUAUAAAUAAUGAGGGCAAAAUACCUGUGAAUCGCAAAGAAGUUUAUUGCUCUCGCGAAGAAUUGGAAAUUCUGAAGAUUCUCGUGGAAAAAAAAUCCUUAUUAACAUCUCGUGAUAAAAGUGGUCGCAUGCAGAUAUUAAAAAUAUUCCAACAUGGAAAUGGCUCUGCAAUAAAAAUUGUAUUGCGAUCAAACAUUGAUUUGAAUGCAACGGAUUCAGAUCGUAAUACCGUGAUACAUUACACUGCAUCGAAUGCGAAGGCAGAUAUAUGGCCAAUGUUAAUCAAGCGUGAUUUUAAUCCAAAUAUUCAAAAUUGUUAUGGUAUUACGCCUCUCCAUUUUGUGGCAUUUAAACACGACUUACGUGCCAUUAAGUUGUUGUUUGAAAAAGGUGCAAACGUAAACAAUUCGUGUGUAAAUGGCGUUCCUCCAUUACAUAACCUAAUAAUUAGUCAUAGACGCCCUGGUCAUUUCAAUAAAGAUUGUAUUCAAGAGUUUCUUAUAGAACAAGGAGCAAAUAUACAAUAUGUAACUAAAAAUGGCCAUACAAUUUUAAACGCAUUGAAUUUUUCGCAAAAUUUUACAUUAUUAGAUAUUGUAGUAUCUCAUUUAGCACUCAUCGAGGCGCAAGAUACGAUGAUUGUCAAAACACUUCAUCGACAAAUUAAUUCCACUGACUGGGUAAAAUCUAGCCUAAAGAUUUAUAGAUUGAAACUAGAAUAAUUAAAAACUGUUAAGGUUCACGAAUCUGUCACGAUUUUCAAUUUGCUGGUCGACAGCGAAAGAAAAAUUUUAAGUUAUUUACGUAACAACCAAUUGGCUAAAAAAGUACGUCGUCUUUUGAUCUCCAACAGUCAUUGCUUAUAUUGGUGGUAC